GCAGCUCCUGGGCCAUCUUUGUGUGGGGCCACGCUUCCGCCGGCGCCGCAGCGGGGAAUCUGCAGUAGGUCCGCUGGCUGGCGAUGGAGUGGUGGGCGAGCUCGCCGCUUUGGGUCUGGUUGCUGUUCCUCCUGCACCCAGCGCAGGGCCGCCAGAAGGAGUCAGGUUCAAAAUGGAAAGUAUUUAUUGACCAAAUUAACAGGUCUUUGGAGGAUUAUGAACCAUGUUCAAAUCAAAACUGCAGCUGCUACCGUGGUGUCAUAGAAGAGGAUCUAACUCCUUUCCGAGGAGGUAUCUCCAGGAAGAUGAUGGCAGAGGUAGUCAGACGGAAGCUAGGGACCCACUAUCAGAUCAUUAAGAACAGACUAUACCGGGAAAAUGACUGCAUGUUCCCCUCAAGGUGUAGUGGUGUUGAGCACUUUAUUUUGGAAGUGAUCAGGCGUCUCCCUGACAUGGAGAUGGUGAUCAAUGUACGAGAUUAUCCUCAGGUUCCUAAAUGGAUGGAACCUGCCAUCCCAGUCUUCUCCUUCAGUAAGACAUCAGAGUACCAUGAUAUCAUGUAUCCUGCUUGGACAUUUUGGGAAGGGGGACCUGCUGUUUGGCCAAUUUAUCCUACAGGUCUUGGACGGUGGGACCUCUUCAGAGAAGAUCUGGUAAGGUCAGCAGCACAGUGGCCAUGGAAAAAGAAAAACUCUACAGCAUAUUUCCGAGGAUCGAGGACAAGUCCAGAACGAGAUCCUCUCAUUCUUCUGUCUCGGAAAAAUCCGAAACUUGUUGAUGCAGAAUACACCAAAAACCAGGCCUGGAAAUCUAUGAAAGAUACCUUAGGAAAGCCUGCUGCUAAGGAUGUCCAUCUUGUGGAUCACUGCAAAUACAAGUAUCUGUUUAAUUUUCGGGGUGUAGCUGCAAGUUUCCGGUUUAAACAUCUCUUCCUGUGUGGUUCACUUGUUUUCCAUGUUGGUGAUGAGUGGCUAGAGUUCUUCUAUCCACAACUGAAGCCAUGGGUUCACUAUAUCCCAGUCAAAACAGAUCUCUCCAAUGUCCAAGAGCUGUUACAAUUUGUAAAAGCAAAUGAUGAUGUAGCUCAAGAGAUUGCUGAAAGGGGAAGCCAGUUUAUUAGGAACCACUUGCAGAUGGAUGACAUCACCUGUUACUGGGAGAACCUCUUGACUGAAUACUCUAAAUUCUUGUCUUACAAUGUAACAAGAAGGAAAGGUUAUGAUCAGAUUAUUCCCAAAAUGUUGAAAACUGAACUAUAGUAGUCACCAUAGGACCACAGUCCUCUCUGUAGCAACAGAUCUCAGAUAUCCUAUGGUGAGAAGCUUACCAUAAGCUGGGCACCCAUACUUUGAAUACCUGUUACCAAGCCAAAUACCUGGUUUUCCUUAUCAUGCUGCACUCAGAGCAAUUCUUGGGAAAGAUUUAAAAUGUGUCUAAUACACUGAUAUGAAGCAGUUCAACUUUUUGGAUGAAUAAGGACCAGAAAUCAUGAGAUGUGGAUUUUGAACCCAACUCUACCUUUCAUUUUCUUAAGACCAAUCACUGCUUGUGCCUCAGGUCAUCCAUCUGUGUGUGUCCAUCACUGUGAAAUUGACUGUGUCCAUGUGAUGAUGCCCUUUGUCCCAUUAUUUGGAGCAGAAAAUUCAUCAUUUGGAAGUAGUACAACUCAUUGCUGGAAUUGUGAAAUUAUUCUAGGCAUGAUUCUCUGUUGCUUUAUUUUAAUGUAGGAAACCCUAUGGGGUUUAUGAAAAAUACUUGGGGAUCCUUCUCUGAACCGUCUAAGGAAGCAGUAGCCAUGCCAUGCAAUGAUGUAGGAGUUCUCUUUUGUAAAAGCAUAAACUCUGUUACUCAGGAGGUUUCUAUAAUGCCACAGAAAGAGGCCAAUUGCAUGCGUAAUUAUUGUAAUUGGAUUUCACGUUCCCUUUUUGUGCCUUCAUGCCCUACUUCUUAAUGUCUCUCUAAAGAAAAAAGAAGACAAAACCCUCUUAAUAAAUUUAGGAAGUAUUCCUCAUUCUUUAGUAGAACUAUACAUAGAGCAGCCGCUCUUCCUCACCCUUUGCACACCUUUAAUAUUUUUCCUUCUUAAAUUGGCCACAGCAGAGGUCAUUCACACUCUGUCUUGCAGGAACCACAAGGAGUCUUCAUAUGUAAACGUGCCAUUUGGUUGGUAGUUUAGAGCAUUCAACUUCAAAUAUAUAGAAGAUAUUUGUUUUAGUAUAAAUCCAUGAUGGAGUGACUCCUUUUUCAUUUUUUUAAAAAGACAUUUUGCUUAGUAGUUUAACCUCUCUUUCUAACAUAGUAGAAAAUGAAGAAAAAUGUUGAGAUUAAAACUCUGGAGUCUGAUGACUUAGAACUAUCCUUGACUCUUAGACCCAAUCUUUCCACGGAGAAAUCACCUUUGCCUCUUAAGAACUAUUUGGUAUUAACUAGUUUCAGAAUUAGUAAAUGUGAGAUUCAGUCACAUAAAAUCAGACAUUCCAUUUGUCAGCAAUGUAUUUGGCUUUUUAAACUGCUUUCCACAAAAUUUUAAGUCUAAUGACCUUUUUAGAGAGGUUGAACAUCCCUGGUAAGAUCAUUUCAUGGAAUAAGUAGAUGUUUAAAGUUGGAUUUUUUUUUCCCGAGUACUAGCAAUGCAUAGGGACCGUGUCCUCAGGUGCUAUGAGUCUAGCAAUAGGCAGUUCAGAUUUCUGAGUUGUACUAUGGUUUUGCCUGAUCACUAUGAGGUCCUACUAGGUGUAAUCAUUCUCUCUGUGUUUUAAUUUCCUCUCAUUAAAAUAGAAACAAAAUUUGCUCUUUUAGAUUAGGAGCUGAAGAUUCAUUUCCCUGGAAAUGUUUCCCAUUUAGCUUCAAGUUACACCUCAAACGUCACCUUCUUUCUGACUCCUUUCAUUCAUUCCUCAAGGCAGUUAGGGGCUACCAUAGUACAUUGCUUAUGCCUGUAUUAUAUGCCAUCACUGUAAUUGCUUGACUGUCUCUCCUACUGUUCUGUGAGCUUAUUAACAUGUGAGAAUCUAGUUUUACUCAUCUUGAUGUCUCCAUGAUCCAGCACAGUGCCUCACACAGAGUAGAUCCCAAAGAACUGUUGGGUGGGUGGACAGAUGGAGGAAUGGAGACAGUUGGCUUAACUAGAUCCUAUAUACAGAUUAUUAUUGGCUCCAAAGGACAAUUAGAUAAAACUGUAAGAACUGGAUCCAUGUAAAUCCUCACCUGCCCUUGAAGGACCAAUAAGGGCAUCUUUGUCUUUAAAUAUAACGAAUGUUAUUCAGACUUUGUACUUGUCUGUUUAUCUCAGUGUAGAUGAUAUGAGGAUGGUGUGUAACUGUGUAAAAUGUUUGUUUUUGAAAAUAAUUCGUAUCCCCAC